CCUUAGAAUACUUCAAAAGGGGCUUUCAAUUUAGGGCACAUAAACGGGUAAUUUUUUAUCCGACCCACCAAAUAUAAACCCACAGCUUAAUUUCUUGUCUUCACGUUUGCUGAUUACAGUCUUGCAAAAUUGCAACUCAUAGCUCAAAGGGCGUUUAUAGCAUCUCCUACUGGCCAUUGAAGUGUUGCGAUUCUGCAUUUGUUUGAGGUACAUGGCUGACAGACAUUCGGUUGAUCAACAUCAAAAUAUUGAACCACGGAUAAAUUCUUCUGCUUCGAGGGAUGACAUGACCGCCUUUAUAGUUGCAUUAGAAGCUGCGUUACUACCCUGUUUGCCAGCACGAGAACUCCAGGCGAUAGAUCGUUCAGCUCAUCCAUAUCAUCAGAUUGAUGUUGAGAGACAUGCUAGAGAUUUCAUGGAAGCUGCGAAAAAACUUCAACUUAAUUUGGUUGGGUUGCAACGCGAAGAUCUGCCCACAAGACCCGAGAUGCUUCGGAAGGAGAUAGAGAAGAUGGAAGAAGAGUUGGAAACAAAAACUGAUCUCAUAGCUAAACAAGAGAGAUUGAUCCAAGGAUGGAGGAAGGACUUAAAGGACCAACUAGAAAAACACAACAUGGAGUUAGAAAAGGUGUAAACCAUAGAUAACAUCAUCUUUUUUUGUACUACCUGUGAUUCAAUUUGAAUACUUAAGUUGGGAUGACAAGUAAUGUUGUUUCCAACACCAUUGACAUCUUAGUUGCGCGGACUCUCCACUUUUUGAUGCCGCGCCCGUCUCGAAUUCUCCAAAAAUAUACUACAUUUGGCGAAUCUGUUGGUACUUUUGAAGAGUCCGAACAACGUAAAUUGGCAUA